AUGUCCCGCCGGGGGCCCGCGCAGGUGUCGGGCAGCCUCCGGCAGAAGGCGGUGCCGGGCACGGCCCCGUCGGAGCUGCAGGAGCUGCAAAGCCGCACGGAGCGGGCGGAGCGGCGGCUCCUGGCCUGCGAGAACCUGGUCGGGGAGCUGGGCAGCGGCCUGGCCGCCCUGGGCACCGUCCUGCAGGGCUAUGGGCAGCUGCAGCAGCGCCUGCUCAACCUGGAGAACCUCCUCAAAAACAGGAACUUCUGGAUCCUGCGCCUGCCCCCCGGCUCCAGGGGGGAGAUCCCCAAGGUGCCGCUCACCUUUGAUGACAUCUCGGUGUAUUUCAAUGAGAUGGAGUGGGAGAGGCUGGAGCGCUGGCAGAAGGAUCUGUACAGGGCCGUGAUGAGGGGCAACUACGAGACCCUGGUGUCCCUAGACUACGCCGUGUCCAAGCCUGACAUCCUGUCCCGGAUAGAGAGGGAUGAAGAGCUCAGUGACAAGGAGAGUCAGGAGCCCCCACAGACACAGUCUGGGGAUGGUCAGGAGUCCCUCCAGGCAGCAGAAGAGACGGACAAGGCAGAUGAGGCUCCAGAUGAAACCCCCAUGGAAGCUGCCCCAGGUGGGUGCCAGGAAGAGUCCAAGCCAAACAGCCAGACCUGCAUCAAGAGGGAUGAAGAGCCUAGCAAUAAAAAGGGUCUGGAGCCCUCAUGGACACAGAAUGGUGACAGCCAGAAAACACCAAAGAUACAGACUGGGGACAGCCAGAAAACCCCACAGAUACAGACUGGGGACAGCCAGGAACCCCCAGAGACACAGACUGGGAACAGCCCAAAAUCCCCACGGACACGGAGUGGAAACAGCCAGAAAACCCCACAGUCACAGACUGGGGACAGCCAGAAAACCCCAUGGACACGGAGUGGGAACAGCCAGAAAACCCCACAGACACAGACUGAGGACAGCCAAAACCUCCCACAGAAUGGGGACAGCUCAAAGUCCUCAUGGACACGGAGUGGGAACAGCCCAAAGUCCCCAAGGACACAGAAUGGGAACAGCCCGAAGUCCCCAAAGGCACAUACUGGGGACAGCCAGACACUGCCUCAGACACAGACUGGGGACAGUCAGAACCCCCUCCAGACAGCUGUACCCAACAGUCAGAAGCCCCUGCAGACACCAGAAGAGAUGGAGCAGCAGGAGAGGAGAGGAGACUGGGGAGAGGAUCCCGUGCCCAUGGAAGCUGGCCCAGAAUUCCCCAUCCUGAUGAUGAACGUGAUGUCCCUGGGGGACCAUCAGCCAGGGACGGUGGCAGAGGAGGACCCAGAGAUGGAGGAGGACCCAGCAGAGCCUGACACUGAGGAUGCCUCACCCAUGGAAGAUGAAACACCAUACGAUGGGGCUUCUCCCGAGGACAUCAAGGUGAAGGAAGAGGAACCUGAGCUGUUGGCAGAGGAAUCCACACCCUCUCCCGGCUCAGAGAUCCAGAAAUGUCCCAAAAGCGAGCUGGUGAAAGCCAAGAGCAAGAAGAAACCAAACCGGUGCGAGACCAGCAACCUCCUGAUGGGCAACUGCCGGCGCGGGUACGUGCGGGAAUGGUCCCACCCCUGCACGGAGUGCGGGAAGCGCUUCCGCCUCAAGAUCAACCUCAUCAUCCACCAGCGCAGCCACGCCAAGGAGGGGCCCUACGAGUGCCCCGUGUGCGAGAUCGGCUUCAGCAACAAACGGCACCUGGACCUUCACCGCAGCAUCCACAUCAAGGACAGAGCCUUCGGGGCCAAGGUCUGGGGUAACGUGCACCCCGAGCUGCGCAUCCGCCCGCGCAGGGACCUGUGCGGUGGCACCCACGGGCUGGGCAGCGGCCACGCCGGGGCGGCCUGGCUGGGCCAGCCCAAGGAGGAGCCGGACAGAGAGGGCCUGUCCAGCUCCGGGUUCGUGCGGCCGCUCAAUUCCAGGCUGAAGUGCCCCUACUGCAAGAAGUUCCUGUCGUGCUCCGUGUCGCUGCGGCGGCACCUCCAGACCCACGCGCGGGACCGGCCCUACUGCUGCAGCUCCUGCAACAAGUGUUUCACCCGCAGCAAUCACCUCCUGCGCCACAAGAAGAUCCACGAGCGGGCUCUGGCCGCGCUCCAGCGGGAGGCCGGUGCCCAGCCCACCGCUGCUAUCCCGGCAUCCCUGCAGCACGGGGCUCCCGAGGCCGAGAGGAGCCUUUCCCAAGGAAACGGCAGCCCUGAGGCUGCAAAACCGAGCCUGCCCAACGUGCUGCUGUUGGGAGCGACGCCGCUGGAGUGCCCGGGCAAAGGCUCCCCGCUCCCUGACUGCAUCAGGAAAGCCGUGCAGCCCGUGGUCCAGUUGGGAUCAAGGGCAGUGGCUUCGGAAAUGACCCUGGGACAGAUCUGAACUGUGCGUCUCCCUGGAGAGAAGCUGCGAGCUUGUUGGGUUUGCACCCGCUGGGACACUGGGAUUGGGAAUCUGCUGCGUUUUAGGAGCUUCCUGGGUUGUAGAAAGAAUGGGAAGCUUAGAGACCACAACAGAGAGCAAAUAGCAGAAGCCUCCAGUGAACCAUAAUACUUCACCAUUCUACUGACUUGCUCUUUGGAAUUUUCCUAAGCUGACAUUCCUGGGAGAUGACCAGGUGAAUCCUGGUCAACCAGGAGCAGAGUUUUCACAUUUCUUGAUGUUGACCCCUUGCAUUCGGGAACACAACUGAAGAGGGCAGAGAGAAGGGAAUGAAGCUGGCAGCAUUCCCAAGCAGCCCUUUGCUCCAUGGAUCAAGAUUCCCGAGACACCAGAUAGAAAGUGACAUCUCUGAGACCCCACCACAUCCUGGCCACCCUUGCUACCCACCCUGGGGAGAUCAGCCAACACCCCUUCCAGCAGGCUGGGAACACUGGAGAUUUGCACUGGAAGAUCCACAGGACAAACCUCACCCAAUAUUCUGUGCUGGCAUAUUCCAGGGAUCCCGACAGGUCCAUCAGGGAGGCCCCAGGCACCCUCAGGACCAUCCUGCAUGGGUGCAGAGAGAUUUUAAGGAAUACUUGAUGGGUCAGCUGCAGCAGCACCCCUGAUCCUCGUGGAUGUGCCUGCACAGAGCAGCCCCUUGGCUCUGGAGGAAACUCCCACUCUCCCAACCUCAGCUUGUCCCCUUUUGCCCAAAAUCCCACCAUAAUGAAUCCUAUGGGAAAACAGUUCUGCAGCUACCUCAUGUGGGAGAGGGGGACCUGCCUGGAGGCAGCCAGUGGAAGCCAGGCCUGGCGCUGCUCCUGUGUCCCCAGAGCCACCAGAGCAGUGUCCUGGCCAGAGUCCCAUGUGCAUCCCACGUGCUGGGUGUGCGCAGGGAGCACAUCCCUCCCGGAGCCAUCAACACACAGACCCAAUGGAGCAGCUGCUGGAACUCUUGCAUUUAGUUUUCCAGGGCUUUUUUUGUUUUGUUUUCUUCAAGUUGUUUGAUGUAAUUAUUUGAUAUCCUGAGGUCUUUGUCCCUCUCUGAGCAAUGAACACUGGUAGGCUUUUCCCAUCUUUCAUUCUGAGUCACUCCCAAGGUGUGAUGGUGCUGCUAUGGGAAGCUUUGGGAGCUGAGGGAACACCUGUGCUACAUCCAGGUGUGAUCCUCAGCCACAUUCUGCUCCAUGGGACGGACAGCAGCAUCCAGGCUGCUCCCUAGGAAUACACAUGACAUCCCACUGCCCUUGGGAUUGCAGUGUGGAGCACUCCCAGACUGCAGCAGGGGCCGGGAGGGGUGCUAGUGGUGGACAGGAGUGGUUGAUGCCUUGUGGACAUGUGGCAGUGAGCCAGUGGCUGGUUAUCCCUGUUACCCCUGCCCAGGUGGAGAUCCAAUUGCUCCCCUGUUGAUCCCCAGUUGCUCCCCUGUUGAUCCCUGGGGCAUGGCUGAACUGGUGCUGCCAGUGGGUGAAUCCCCCCAGGCCAGCAGAAGGGCCAGCAGCCCCAGCCUGGCAUCUGCUGUGACCGCGA